AUGGACGAAAACGUUGAUUGGGAAUUGGAACUUGUGAAAGACAUCAGUAGGAAAAUAUAUGAAGAACAACAGAAGAAAGAUGACCUUAUCAAGUUUGAACCUGUUACUUAUCUUAGUGAAGAACAAAAGAAGAAAGUGGAGGAGAUUAAAAAUUUAAUGAAACAGCAGCCAUCAAGUUCAAAUCAAGCGUCUGAUCGAAGCAACAACGCCUUUCCCCCCGCUCAAUUUCAACAUAAUACUUGUCAUCCUGUUCAAAAACAUAAUUCUUUGAGUAAUUUAUCAAGUUACACGGGCCAGAAACCAAUGCAGCUGCAAAAACAGAAUAGCUUCACGUCUGAGAGCUGUCCACCACCACCGUUAUUUCCUCGACUCAGUUCUUUACCAUCAAUCAAGCUGCCGCCUCCCCCAUUACCUCCAAGAUCUAAACCACGCUCCGGGACUAUCACUAUUCCUCAAUCAGAGAAUAAUGGCUCUGACUUAAUAGGAUUCUCUGAAUCAGUUCCAACCCGUUGUGAUCUAUCGCUAUCUACCAUCAUACCAAGGAGAGAUGAACACAGGAGCAAUACUCCAACCAGUUAUUCGGAGCUAGUGCCAAUGAAGCUGUAUCAGCCAAUACCUGGACCAGCACCAUUCAACUCAGACUUGUAUGUUCCGUUUUCAACAAUAUCUGAAGAAUACAAUCGGGAGUUGGAGGAAAAGCCUGUUCCGGAGCCAGUGCAAGAAUCUGAAAAGAUAGUGAUGAGUCCUGACUUCAAUCCAUAUUUCAAUUUCAAUAUGGAGGUCAUAGAAUCAACUCCGUUCGAAGAGGUUAUGCGAACAUUCAACAAGCGAUCGAGCAUCAGCGAAAAGCUUUUUCGACCUACUGAUGGUUUGACUGAUGAACAAGCAUACAUCAGCGGUUGGUCUUUUGAACCCGAUUCAAACAGUGUUUAUGGAAUUGCAUCAGCAACAACUAAUUAUCCUUUGACGAAAAUCGGACGAAACGUCCAUAUAAGACCUCGUGAAAAAUAUUUAUUCCUUGAUACAAUAAGAAUUGAUGAAGAAAUAGAUGACGAAGUACUUGCUAAUGGAGCUGUUUAUCUGAAAACUCCCGUUGGAAAGCUAUCAACACGUCAUCCUCUGGAAACCUUAUUCUAUGAUCUAGUCGAGUGCUUGGAAACAAGAGCCGGUGAUCAUUCUGUAGUACCUCGAAGUGCCGUAAGCGAGCAUUCUAUUCGUGCAUGCGUUGAGAACCUUUGUAAGUACCUGCACUUCUACGAGCCAACAGAAACCCUUCUAGACACGUUACUUAAUUCAAAAACAGAAAAAGAGUGUCAAGCAUUGGCUUUUCAAUAUUUAGCUUUAUUAAUGAUUAAAUUUCAAAUAUUCUGCGAUUCAUCUCUGUGCAACUUCGCACCUUGUCUUGACCAAUACUUUAUAAGAAGUAGAUCUCAUCAACCCGAAUCGACCUUGUCUAUGCGGGACAGGCUACGAGUUAUGAUUAAUUCCGUUCAUAACCUACCUAAUCGCUUCCAUAAUAAUUAUUCAACUUUCUCAGUCGAAGUUCAGUUAUACUUUGGAACUCGUUUAAUCGAACGGAAACAAGGCACAUCCUACAAAACAUUAGACAGAAAUGGCUGUUUCCCACAUAUUGUAUUUGAAAACUCCAUUGAUUUCAAUUUAUCCAUGGAUCGCACCCCUCAAGAGAUAAAAUAUGUGUUCCUUCUUAUUGGAUAUCCUAUAAGCCAAGCAGCUUCUAGUUCUUGUUGUUGUUUAGGAUACGCAACUAUACCUCUAUUCAAACACAAUUCUUUUAUGAGAGAAGGACAGUGGUUCGUCGAACUGACUGAUGUUCGAGAUAAGCAGAUGAGGCCAUGGGGUCCUUACUCAUACGUUUGCUCCCCUUCUGCUCCAAUUCUUGCCGUAACUUUCCCUUUUUAUGAAAAGCCUGUGAUGUUUCCUGAAGUUCAUCGAGGAACUUUCGAACCUCGUGAAUUCUCGUCUCUUCCAUCUAACGAACAACACGAGCUGUUAGAUCUUAUUGAGAAAUGUAAUAUAGUUCAGUUAAUGGAAAGUGGUCAACGGCGUUAUGAUUUCAGUGAAGAAGCUAGCUACAGAGAGACUCUUUGGGCUAAGAGAAUGUUUCUCACUCAUUUACCUGAAGCCUUACCUCUAGUAUUAGCUUGUGUGCCUGAGUGGAGUUAUGGUUUUCUUCAUCAUGUGCAAGACAUGAUAGAUGUAUGGACCGAGUUAAACUACAUUCAAGCUUUCCAAUUGCUUCUGCCAUAUUUCCCCAAUGCUUAUGUUCGAGAAAAGGCUUGCAAAUGGAUUUGCUCAGCAUCAAGUGAUUCAUUGUUCAAAGUUUUGCCAGUUCUUGUUGAAACACUGCGAUAUGAGACAUAUGAUAACAAUGCUGUUUCAUAUCUACUUGUCAAGUUAGGAACGACUGAUUUGAGGUUUAAAGAGGAGAUUAUGUGGCAACUCAAAUGUCGUGUUGAUCACGGAGGCAACUAUGCUUUCUGCAACAGGUGUGAAGUCAUUCUCAACAAACUAUCUACUCCAAGUUCCUUUGUUCAACAAUGUGAAAUUAUUGAUUUCCUUUUCUACGUUCAAAAAAAAGUGAGCGAGUCAUCCGAUCAAGCAAGAGAAAUGAUUUUGAGAAGAGAAAUGUCCAAGUUGAACGAAGCACUCUCUGAUGAGAAAGGCAGCGUCAUCAGUUUGCCACUAGAUCCAUCAUUCAAGUGUGAAGGAAUAGAUAUAGCUAAUUGUAAAGUACUACCUAGUUUCAAUAAACCUCUGAAAAUUCGUUUUCUUGGUGGCGGAUGUUACUAUGAUGUUCUACAUAAAAUGGGAGAUGAUAUUCGACAAGACGCUAUAGUUAUGCAGCUCAUGCAAAUAAUGAGUGAUAUAUGGUUUGAGGAUGGAUUAGAUCUUAGGAUAAUAACAUAUAAAUGUAUACCAGUUGGUAUAAGAAGGGGUCUUAUUCAAAUUGUUCGAAAUUGUGAAACGCUGCAUAGUAUCCAAUCCGGUUGUAAAGGAGUAUUUAAGGAUGAUUCCGUUUUAACCUGGAUUCAAAAAAACAAUCCUAGUGAAUAUGAUUAUGAAAUAGCUAUGGACAACUUCACUCGAUCUUGUGCUGGCUGGUGUGUUGCAACAUACAUAUUGGGAAUAGGUGACCGUCACAAUGAAAAUAUUAUGGUUACAAAGUCAGGACAUGUCUUCCAUAUUGAUUUUGGAAAGUACAUGGGUGAUUGGCAAAAAGCUGCCGGAAUAAGAAGAGAUCGCGUGCCUUUCGUCUUCACAACAGAAAUGUGUUAUGUGAUAAACGGGGGAGCUGCACAAGGAGAGCGCUUCCAAAACUUCAUUGAUUACUGCUGUGAAGCAUUUAACCUACUCAGAGGACGCUAUAUCGAUCUUAUAACUAUCUUAAAAUUGAUGGCAUGCUCUGAUAUUCCAGGAAUCAACUUGGACAGUUUACGUUUCGUAGAAAACAAUUUGUUGUUAGACAUCAGCAGUACGGAUGCAACAAUUCAAUUUACUAAAAUGAUUAAUGAAUCUCUGAAAUCAGCUUUUCCUAAAAUAAACUUUUUCGUUCAUUCAUUGGCUCAAGCAAUGUCUCGAGGAAAUUCCAAGUCUAAGCCUGACACACUUUCAUUCGUUUCUGAAACUUAUACGAAGCAAACAGAUGGCAAAAUUAGAAAAGUAGCUGUUCUUGAUUACGAAAAGAGUUACACCCCAACUAAAGUUUACUUGUACAAGCUGAUGGUGACCAGAGAGAAUGAAAGCAUUUCAAGAAACAUCGUCUCUUCCAUUUUAACAUCAACUACCGCUGCUCUAGGAGACAACACUCAUAUUGAGUCUACAUCAUCCUCUUCCUUCGACAUGGAAGAAGAACUGGCCAAAAUUGCCGAAUCAUGUCUGACACCUCGAGACCACGAGCAACUAUCAGGCAACUUAUUGAGACAAGGUUACGUGCGAAUUUUCAAUCAACAUUUAAUCAGCGAAGCGGAAGAGAUUAUUGGUCUUACGGAGAUGCGCGCUGCUCUCGGAUUUUCGCCUCCAGGGCCUUGGACAAAAUACAGGGAACCAAGUGCAAGCGAACUCACAAGCGCUUCCACUAUUGAGGAAUACUUUAACCUGAAAGAGCCGGGCAGCCCUGAUCGAAGUACCGACAGCUACUUCUUUUUCGAGCAUAAUUUUCCUCCUGUGAUUGCUUUUUUGGACAAACGCUAUCCUAGCAUUCGCGCUAUUUUUAAGCAAAAGUUUAAAGAAAUUUUAAAUCACGAUUUAGGAGGUGUAAUAGACAGGAAAACAGUUGAUCAUUUAAUUGAAGAAUAUUUAAAAAUACUCCUGAAAGUAUCUCGUGCAACUGAUAGAAUGUAUCGUAGAAGCAAUGAAUGCAGAAGGCUCAGUGAAAUGAUGGCUGAAAAAGGGAUGAAAUUGGGCCCUGAGCCUUAG